AUGUCCUUCUUCGGUUUCGACCCCACGCGCCCGAGCCACAACACAGCGGCGCCGGGCUUCUCCCAGGCCCAUGACCCGUUCGCCGGCCUUUCUCGCGGCAAUAUCGAAGACGACGAUGCCGUCGAGUUCGACGACACGUACGAUGGCCUAGGCGAUCAGCUCGAGGAAAGCGGCGAUGCCUUCAACGACGACACUUUUGGAGGUGGUGGUAACGAAACUAUCUCUUCCGCCCCCGUCGGCAAGGACUUCGACUUCUUCGGCCAAACAGCCAAGGUGUCGGAUGCCAUCGAAGAGGAACAGGUCCGCUACAGUCGCCAGGUCCCGUCGGCGAAGUCAGUUCCCGCACCUGCGCCGGUCCAGCCGCAACAGCACUACCAACACCAGCCUCAGCAGCCUCAGCCGCAACACCAGCCUCCGCCGAACUACUACUAUCAAAGCCAGCAGGCUCCCAGGCCUGUCCGCACCGGCUAUGAGAAGUACCAAGAGGCAGAGCCUAUUCCCGAUCUCCACGUCGACGCAUCGCUUUGGGGCAUGCCUUCCAAGAAGCCCGCCUAUCCCGAGCCUUCCCCGCAGCCGCAAGCCGCCUCUGCUAGCCGCAAGGUGAUGAGUCUGGAGGAGGUGGAAAAGGCAAUGCGAGAACAGGCUACUCAACGAACUGCCCAGCCUGCUCUUUCCGAGGCUGUGCCUGGCGUUCAAGGCUACCCGGCCGAGCGGCCUGACUACGGCUAUGGUCGACCGGAGGCUGUUCAGCAGCAAUCCUUCCAGGGUUCCGAGCAUCAGCAGCAGCACGCGGGUCAGGCUCCUCAGCACCACGGUCAUGCGCAUCCUGUCACUAUCCUUCAACGACCCCAAUCCAUCUCCUCCAAACCCACGCCGCCCAUUCAAAACACCCCCAGCCCGCUUGCUCAACCUCCCCACCCUCACGCCCCGCCUACGCAGCCGACCCAGAUCUUGCAGAAUCCCAACAGGCUUUCCGGCGAUGCCGCUCGAAUCGGCGCUCAUAGCCAGCCGCCUCACAGCCAUCAUCAGGCUCAUGGUCAUCAAGCGCAUCGAUCACAAGGCUCCAUGGGCCGUGUUCCUCAGGUCGCCCAGCAGCAGCAGCAGCCGCAGCAGCCGCCGCCGCAUCUCGCUCACCUCUCUGAGGACGAGAAGGCCGCCUACCUUGACCAAGAAACCAAGCGUGCCAAGCGCAACCACAAGAUUUGGCUCUUGUCCAAGGACAAUGGCCUCAUGACGCCCCAGGACAAGAACUUUGUGACUCGUAUCCAGUUGCAGCAACUGGUUUCGGCCACUGGUAACCCGAUCGAUCAGACCAAUGACGACUCUUUGACCGAGGAUUUCUAUUACCAGGUGCUAAGCCAGAUUCGCGGUGGUCAGCGCCAGAACCCCAACCAGCCCCUGAACAAUUUUGCUCAGACCUACCUCUUCCAAACCGGAAGCCGUCAGGGCAACAUGAGGAGACAGGGCCGGGCUGCCGAGAACCACGUCCAGCGAAUGGAGCAGCAGGUUCAGCGUGCCGUCGAGGCUGCCAAGAACAAGCCCAAGAACCCUCAGUUGGUCAUCGCUGGCAGUCUUGGAAAGAUCUCCUUCAGUAACGCCAAGACGCCCAAGCCUCUUCUUAAUAUCAAGCGAACCGAAAGCAGCGGAGAUGCUAACCGGCCUGGUAAUGGCAAGCGGCAAGGCGGCUCGAACGGGCUGGACCGUAAGGCCAUCCUGCGAAACAUUGAGAAGGUCUAUAACACCAUCAUGAAGAUGGAAGAUCACGCCCGCUUCCUUCCUCCCCCUCCCGCCAACGGCAACGACGAGGAGUUCCAUGUGAAGCACCAGGCAUGGUUGGAAACGGCCCAGGGGCUCAAUGCCCAGCUCUGGAAUGACCUAAAGGUUCACGAGCCCAUUGGUGCCACCACCAUUCACCCCUUUAUCGCGUUCCUCUCGUUCCCCAAGGGCAAGAAGGCCAUCCCUCGCGUCUUCAGACACAUCAGCUUCGAGCAGCGCACCACGAUCCUGACCAUGAUCAUUAUUCACCUUGACCAGCUGGAUGUUGUCUACGGUGCCCAGGCUACUGACGGCGAGGUCAGUCUUAACGCUGCUAUGCGCGAGAGCAUUGAACUUUUCUCUGCCGCUGUCAUGCCGAGCCUGUUUGCCUACUUCAACGAGACGGAGCUUGAUAUUGUGACGGGUGUCCUUGGUCUUAUCAGCACCAAGUUGAACAUCGACCUCAUCGCCAAGACUCGCGUGGGCUGCUCGAUGUUGACUCUGAUUCUGAGCCGAGCCGAGCUCCUGAAGCAAGGUGGUGGAGGCUCUCCUCAGCUGUGGGCCGAAUGGGAACAAACCUUCGACAUGUUCUUCAACAAGCUUGAGCCCACUCUUCACCACAUCUUCCCCGGCAGUGUCAACACGGGAGAAGACGUUGUCGUUUGGCAGCUUCUCGCGGCCGUUGGUGUCAGUGCCAACCCCGAACAACAGCAGCGCCUGGUUCUUGCUGUCAAGGACCGCGUGCUUGAUACCGUCGCUCACGCAAAGACGCUUCCGGGCGCCAUGGCCACGACGAGGUUGGCCACUGUCAACCUUUUCAUGCACUCGAUUGGCCUGGAUGUUGAUUUGCUUCAGUAA